AUGGCAUUCAGGAGGCAAAUGAAAAACUUCAUGAAAAAUUACUCAGAUGCUGAAAUAAAAGUCAGGGAAGCAACUUCUAAUGACCCUUGGGGUCCCUCUAGUUCUCUGAUGUUGGAUAUCAGUGAUUUGACUUUCAACACAAUUUCUCUCUCGGAGAUCAUGAAUAUGCUAUGGCAGAGACUCAGUGACCAUGGGAAGAACUGGCGUCAUGUGUAUAAAUCCCUUACCCUAAUGGAUUAUCUCAUCAAGAAUGGAUCAAAGAAAGUUAUUCAUCAUUGCAGAGAGGGGUUCUGUAAUCUUCAUAUGCUAAAAGACUUUCAACACAUAGAUGAAGCUGGAAAAGAUCAAGGUUAUCAUAUCAGGGAAAAGUCUAAGCAAGUCAUAACAUUGCUAAUGGAUGAACAGAUGCUGUAUAAAGAGAGGGAAGUGGCAUGUCGGACUAGACGACGCACUUCCUACUCCAUGACAUUUCCUAAAAGAUUACCUAGUACAGGUAACUCACCAACAGCAUGUGCAUCUGCCCCCACACCAGAAAUUCCUGCUUCAGAGAAGAAGCACCAGCUUCUUAAGAAAACAUUUGGCCUUUGCUUUAUGUCGUUGACAGAAAAAGCAGGAUUGAAACAAGAGCUGCACCAAGACAUGCAGUCGCCUGCUGGCACGGUGUUGUCCCAGGAAAUUCUACCACUCAGGAUAAAUUCUUGGAAAUCAACAGAGGACCUGAUGCAAUUUUAUGAUGAGGAUCCAAAGCCAACACUACCUCCUUCCAUUAUCUCUUUAUCUAGGUGGUUGUCAGAAGGACAAGCAGAAGUUUGCAGUCUCUGGGAUGCAGAUGCUGUACCUACUCCCUCAGAAAAAAGCCCAUCUCUGCAGACAAAUGUGAGUUUGGACAAGAAAUCAGAGAAUACCAUUACAGAUACUGUAGCCAAAAACCCCUUGCAAACACUGCAGAAAAGGCAGGCAGCCUCAGAAAGUUUUGAAACAUUGACAACUUUACCAGCAUUUUGGUCAUCGAGUAAAGAAGAGUUUAUCAGUUCCGAUUUAAGGAUAUCACAGUCAGAUUCUACCUCCUAUAACCAGUCCUCUAUAGAGACACUGUAUGUCUCUCCCUCAUUCGAAACAUGUAACCCCACGAAGGGGACUGUAAUCAACAAGGACCUUCAGAAACCAAUGCAGGCCAGCGCUGUUCAAAUGCACGAUGCAGACCUCAAGGCCCCAGCCACAUGGGUUCCAACUACCUCUGAGGGAACAUCUUCCUUUUCUACUUUAUCUGUGUCAUCUCCUGAUUUGAACUCUCCAGAGAAGUCAGUUCAUCACUUCCCCCCUACCUUGCCUGGAUCUUCCUUGUGGACUUUGUCCCACCAGCAGUCACGUUCUGCCUCCCUUCAACAUAAAGAUAAGACAGCCAAGGCUCAACAACAUUUUACUCCCAGUGGUCCAUUGUUUUCUGAUGAAGAGGAAAAUGACAGCUUCAAUCUACUAGAAAUGCUUCCAGAUAACUCUGAUUCUGCUAAGAAGACAAGUCAUAUUUCCAGGAGUAAUUGGGUAGAGUUCUCUGCCCAAAAUGUAGACCACUCCUGCUCUGUCCCCUGUUCUAGUUUUCAACCAACCAAAGGCUUGCCUAGGGAACCCGAAGCAAAGAGUUCCAUUAAAGUUCUCCUAGGGGAUGUAAAAAGUGCAGUAGUUAGACUACACGAAGAUCUGAGCACAGUGAUACAAGAACUCAGUGUCAUCAGCAGCCAUCUCAUGAGCAUGAGUGGGAGUAGUCUGCAAACCAGCAAAUCUUUGCAGGACCCCCAGUCUUCUGAGGGAAGUUCAGAUCAAAUCUAAUCAUCUCAGCUGACAUUUUGAUAGAACUCGGUGGUUCCACGUCUCAAAGACUGACAUUAGCAUUUUCUAGAUUCCUGUAACCAUGGGCAAAAAGUAAUGGUUUAAUUUCUCCUUGCUGGGUUUAUUA